AUGAAAUUCAACAACGAAGGAAUUUCUAAGGUUUUUUCGCAGCAUAUAUCUAAAGGAGAUAAAGGAACGGAAAUAGGUGAAAUAUAUGCCUUGAAUGGGUCAAGUUUGAUGAGAGACCAAACUGAAGCUCUAACAACCUCCAAGCUGCUGAAUUCUCUG